AACGAAAACCUUUUUCCUUUUUAUCUUUUCUCUGGUUUCCCUCUUUUUGAUUGCUGCUCUUUUUGCCUCGCUUUGCUUUGCUCAAAGUCCAUCCUUUGAGUCUGUUGAAAAAUUUAUAAAGGCCCUUCUCGUUGAGCCUGAAUACCCUCCUUGGCUGGGCCUUGGGAACAAGCGUUACUUCCUUUUCCGCGUGUGCAUCUUUUCCUGUGCUCUUGCCCUCUCUAUAGAACCAUCUUAUCCCGUCGAUCGGGCCUGAAGAUACCUCAGAGCGCAUUUCAUUCCUACAACACUGAAACACUUUUUGGAAACGUCUGCUGUCUUACUCGUCAGAUCAAUAUCUGAUUUCCUCUUUCUGCACUUCACUAUUGGAUUGCAAUUUUGUUCACCAUACGCAAGCAGUCGUCUGGCUUGAAAUCUUCGCUCAUCUCGGUGUAUCCAACUCUCCAAGCAGGUCUCGGUUCUUGGAUAUGCGCUUUACCCACUGGAUCCUUCACGUUUCUUAUCUCUCAACAUGUGUUCUCGCGCUGCACGAGUCCACGACGAAAGGUCAAAAUCCCGAUACUCCGGUUCUAAAAAUUAGUCGUCCACUGCCUUCAGAUGACCUCCAUCCCUUCAUCCGCAAUGUCAAAGAAGUUAACCACUUGAUCAAAAAGUACCGAAGCAGAGGGCUUCCCGGUCCCGAUUUCGAUGAGGCAGAAACCCUAGCCUCCGUAAAGAGGACCAUUGAGCGACGGGGAACUCCCGUAAAGAGAGCACCGUCGUAUACCAUUGCGACAGGCGCACAGCCGACCGAGACAGACAGCAUGGCCCUUGAGCAGGAUGGGAACGAUAUCUCAUAUCUCGCGGCAUUCGAAAUCGGGUCCGGCUCAACUCCUUUAAAUCUCCUCAUCGAUACAGGUGCCGGAGAUACAUGGGUAAUGGGCUCAAACUGCACGACGAAAUCCUGCCAGGCGCACCAUGUAUUCAAUCAGACUGACUCGAAGAGCUUUUCCAAUACCGGAAAAGACUUUAGUAUCAGAUACGGCACUGGCUCAGUGAGUGGCGUAGUGGUUCAGGAUACAAUCUCAUUCGCAGGUUUUUCGAUUAAGAUGGCUUUUGGUGCAGCCGACCAAGCAUCAGACGACUUUCUCGCAUACCCUCAGGAUGGAAUACUUGGCUUGGGACGGAAGCGAGACGCCGCUAUGGGCAUCCCUACUGUCAUGGAAGUCCUGUCUAGUGGUGACCACAUCACGAAUAGUAUCUUCAGCGUCUUCAUACAGCGCGAGGCGGACAGCGAUAGCGGAGAGAUUAGCUUUGGCACCAUUGAUGACUCAAGGUUUGAAGGUGACUUGGCAUAUACAAGCACGGUCUCUGAUAGCACAAUGUGGGAAAUUCCCGUGGACCACGCCGGUGCUGGUGGCAAGAAUGGCGAUUUGUCAAACAAGUCUGCCAUCAUCGAUACCGGAACAUCUUACAUACUAAUGCCGUCCGACGAUGCAAAGGAGGUUCUGUCACAAAUCUCUGGCUUCAGUUCCAAUGGGGAUUCUUUUGAGCUGCCAUGUACGACUAACACUCCUUUGCAAUUUACUUUCUCGGGGUCUGUGUUCAAUGUUUCCUCGAAGGACUAUCUUGGCGGCGAGACUGGCAAUGGAAUGUGUUCUGUCAACGUUGUCGGGCGUCAGGCAUUCGGACCAGACCAGUGGAUUCUCGGGGAUGUCUUCCUGAAGAACGUCUACGCAGUUUUUGAUCUUGACAAGGAUCAAAUUGGCCUUGCUCGCAAAAGCACAGCAAACCCUACAAGAAAAGCGCCGAGUACGAAAUCCGGCGGAGCGUCUCCCACAACCUCGUCUUCGCAUACAGCCGCCUCUAAUGCUGCAACUAAAACGUUGCAGUUAGCGAGCAGUGCCACAUCUACUACACAACAGAGUGCAAAUCAGAAUUCUCGAUCUGCUACUCAUCUGCUUCAAGUACCGUGGUUGUUGUUGUCUCUGAGCGUCUUGGCCCCAUUGGGAUGCCUUUUUGGAUAGAAUUUUCUCUUUCUUCCCCCCGGUAUUCUAUGGCGUUCAAGAGUAGGAUUAUGGUGUUAUUGGUGGUACAUUGGGGGUUUUAUAAAAUAGACUUACGAUAGACGAUGAUAAUGAAAAUCGUCCCAUAAAAUGUACAUU